AUGAAACCACAGUAUAACACAAGUCCUAUGAGACCGAGCUCAGCUUAUCCUUUCAAUAAGCUAUCUCACCCAGACUGUUCGUCUUCCUCUUCCUCAUCAUUGUCAUCAUCAUCAUCAUCGACAACUAUGGCAACUGCUGCUAACCAUUCAAGAGAUUUCAAUUCUGACCGUUCAUCCCCAUCGAAUAUUAAGGAUAUGAAGCAUAAUCCUCACCUGCAUCCUCCACACCAACACCACUACCACAAUCAUCCUCCUCAAAUGUUAUCAAUGAGUCCACCAGAGACUGGACUACAAUUUGAUCCUAUUACACAGCAAAGUUUAUCUGCUGCUGCUUCUUCUUUUGUCAAAUCAUUAACUGGUUUUAAUUUUAAUAAUUCAUCAACAGGAUUUUUAUUUCCAAAUCCCCCACUUUCAUCCUUGCCAACAAAUUCCACAGCGUUUGGAUUAAAUCAAAAUGGACCAUUAUCAAUACAACAAGCCCAGCUUGCACAACCACCAAUGUUACUGAAUGGAAUGGGCUGUUUAUCCAAUACAAUACAUCACUUACGAUCUAAUUCACUGAAUCGGACCUCAUCGACUCUUGUUAAUCCAUACUCACUUGGGCAUGAGAUGUCAUCGAGUAAUUUACAGUCCCCAAGUAGUGUUGAAUCAUUGCAUUCGUUGUCCACAGAUGAAAGUCCUACAUCCAGUGGAAUGAAACGAACAUCAUUGACUAGUACAACUGGUCAUUAUGUAGUGACAGCUUCAGCGACAGCAGCGAUGACGAUGACAACAACAAAUUCAUGUCCAACACCAGCAAGAAGACGUCAUCGGACAACAUUUACCCAGGAUCAACUACAAGAACUGGAGUCAGCCUUUCAAAAAUCUCAUUAUCCAGAUAUUUAUUGUCGUGAAGAACUGGCAAGAAUGACGAAAUUAAAUGAGGCUAGAAUACAAGUUUGGUUUCAAAAUAGGCGGGCAAAAUAUCGUAAACAGGAAAAGCAGUUAGUAAAGCAACAACAACAACAACAGCAACAUCAUGAACAUAGACAUCUUCAAAAUGUACAAUAUAACCAACCAUUUCAUGGUUUACGUAAUGCAUAUCAUACAGUUGGCCCAAAUCCACAUCUUCAACCUUAUCCACACUCAAGUAUUUAUAAUGGUACGACUAUUCCUCUGACAUCAAAUCUGCCUAGUAGUAGUCAUUCGUUAUUUGAAAACAUCAACAAUAUGCACGACAGUAAUAAUGAUGAAAGUAAUAAUAACAGCGGUGUGAAUACUGAUGGUAGUUUAUCUUAUUCUGCUUGCAUGUCAUUACCAACUAAUUUAAUUGGUACAUCUGCCCUGGGAAUUCCCCCUGGUUUGACUAACAGUAAUGCUUUAAUGAGUUAUUAUGGUUCCAGUUUGCCUUAUAUGCCAAGGAAGGUGUUCACUCCAACAUUUAAUCCAGCAUAUCAGCAGCACAAUCCACUGUCAUCCCAUAAUAAUAAUAAUAACACUAGUGGUCAUAGACGAGGAAAUAUUUUCCCUCUGACCAAUUCUCCUCUGCCAAGUAACAUGGAGUUACCAUCAUUAUCUUCACCGAUAAACACUGAAUCACCGAACCACACUAGUUCAGCUUCAUCACCUCUACUUUCAUCAUUGUCAACGGCACCAAAUUUUUCUGGUAAUCCAGUAGCAUUUCUGCCAGACUUAUCUUCUGGACCGUUGAUGCAAAGAGCUGCAGCCGCAGCCGCUGCAGCUGCUGUAGCAGGAAUAUGUCAGGCACAUACUACCAACCCGUUAGCUAAUGAUCAGUUUAUAUUUCAGGCUUCAAAUUCAAAUUUAAUUUCUGAUAUUAAAGGGUUGAAAUCUCAUUUUUCCACUUGUUUAUCUCCUGAACAUUUAUCAUCUCAUGCAUUAAGUAAUACGUCCAAUUCAAUGAAAUGGAGUAGUUCACCUCAUGAAAGUACUGGAAAAAUGGAAGUUGAUAAUCCAAAAAUGAUCUCCUCAGUUGAAAGUAUAAGCUAUUCACAACAACAGACAGAAGAUUUGCCAACUGAACAAAAUAAUUAUUCAAUGCAACAGAAUAGCGACUAUCGUUUAACCUUCUCAUCUUCAUCGCCAUAUAAAAAUUUUAAGCGCCAAAAUAUAUGUGAACAACUCAAACAAACAGUUGAUUCAAUGGAACCAAGCGUAAACUUUUCAUCUGAUGUUUCAUUCAUCAACGAUACAUGUGCUAGGAAACCACCUCAGUUAUCACAUUCGCUUCAUAACCAGCAUCGCCCGGAACUUAUAACAUCGGGUCAGGGGUGUGAAUUCCCGAAACACAGUAGUUUGGAUCAGCUUACGCUGAAUACAGUACUUCCAUAUAAUAACGCUAACAAUAAUAACAGUGAUACUCAGUUUUUCAUUCCAUCAUUCUCCUCAGAGCAUUCGAAUUCAUUAAAUUCCAGUAUGAUGGCUUCAUCAACUGCUUUAGUUUUGAAUGCAAAUAAAACUGUAUGCAGUACACUAACACCAAUGUCGUCUUCAGUUGAAGAUACUAUCCAUCAAGAAUCUACACCCAACAUAAUCUCAUUGAGAAAAAUUGCAAAUCUAAGAAAUUUUAGUAAAAUAAACAAUAUUUACAAUAGUCAUUAUUGUGAAAAUCUGGAUCCCACUAAAAAUAAUGCGACAGAAACAAUUUCAAAUCAAGAGGUUUCGUCAGCUAUGUCUUCAACAGAAUCGACAUCAUCCUGUUCACCAUCAAUACCCCAAUCAUCAGUUAAUCGUUCAAUGGGAUGGAACUUCUCACAAUCUCAUUUUGCAAAAAAUCGCAAUCAUAUAACUAACAAUAGUAAUAUUAGUAGCAUGUAUCUUAAUAGUGGAGACUCGCCCUACUUGAAUACAACAAAUGAUGUAGGUACAGUAAGUGGACAACAAAACUAUGAUGGAAAUGAUGCAGGUUGCAGUACUGUUAAUAAUAAUGCUCUGGACAUUGAGCGUGACCAUUCUAAUAUCUACCACAACCAAAUUACUGAUUUCUUACAUUUAAAUGAAACCAAUUCAUUAACAUCAUCUAAUCUACCUAGGUUUGUGCCAAAUACAGAGAAUGAAAGUUCAUCAACGACUGAGGGGACACAGUCGAGUUUGAAAAAUGUUCCGGUCACUUCAACAACUUCUGUAUUUACAAAUCGAUAUUCACAUUUAGAAAAUUCUGAAAACUCAACACCAUCUUCAGAAUGGUGCAGAACAACAGGAAACGCUUUCCAAGGUGUACAUUCAUCAAGUCAUCAUUCUAAUGGUAUCAUCAAUUCAGUACUUCGAUAUCGAAUGUAA